GAUGCGGAGACGGAACAGUUUCUUUCGAUCUCUUAAAAAUGUCGAGCCUGAUCUGGACGACUGUCUCAUGGACAGGGGUGCAACGGCCGCUGCAGAGAAUCUGUGGGCUUUCGAAGUUGCAUGGGAAGUGGCAAAUAAAGUUGGAGGCAUCUACCAGGUGAUCAAGUCCAAAGCACCAAUAACAGUAGAAGAACUAGGAGAACAGUACUGCUUGUUGGGACCUUACAACGAGUCUUGUGUCAGGACAGAGGUGGAUAUCCUCGAGCCUCAUCACUAUGUCUUUCAGGAAAGCAUUCAGCAGAUGAGAGAUGCAGGAAUCAAGGUUGUAUUUGGUAGAUGGUUGAUAGAUGGCUACCCCAAGGUCAUCCUGUUUGACAUUGGAUCGGCAGCCUGGAAAUUGGAUGAGUUUAAGCAUGAGUUGUGGGAGGCGGCAAACAUUGGUAUACCCUGGCAUGACAGAGAAUCUAACGAUGCUGUCAUUUUUGGAGCCCUGGUGGCUUGGUUUUUAGGGGAGUUUCGCAAAAAUUUAGAUGGCACACCGCUGAUUGUUACAAAUUUCCAUGAAUGGCUGGCUGGUGUUGGGUUGAUAUAUGCAAGGACACGCAAACUUGACAUCAGUACCAUCUUUACGACACACGCCACACUGCUGGGACGUUACCUGUGUGCAGGCUCCUGUGAUUUCUAUAACAACCUUGAUAAGGCCAAAGAAUAUGCAGACUCUGGUUCAUCUAUAUCUUUGUUCAACCUGGAUAAAGAGGCAGGUGAUAGGCAGAUCUACCACAGGUACUGCAUGGAAAGGUCAGCUGUCCACUGUGCUCAUGUCUUCACCACGGUGUCAGAGAUCACAGGUGUGGAGGCAGAAAGUCUCCUGAUGAGGAAACCUGAUGUUAUUACACCGAAUGGGUUAAAUGUGAUCAAGUUCAGCGCCCUUCACGAGUUCCAAAACCUUCAUGCUAAAGCUAAAGAAAGAAUCCAUGAUUUUGUACGAGGACAUUUUCAUGGACAUUACGAUUUUGAUUUGGACAAAACCCUCUAUUUCUUCACUGCUGGCAGAUAUGAGUUUUCCAAUAAAGGGGCAGAUAUGUUUAUAGAGUCCUUAGCUAGACUAAAUCAUUAUUUAAAGUCUAUACACUCUGAAAUGACAGUGGUAGCCUUUCUGAUCUUCCCAGCACGAACAAAUAACUUCAACAUCGAGUCUCUCAGGGGUCAGGCUAUAGCCAAACAACUUAAGGAUACAGUGGCCACAGUCCAGAAGGACAUAGGGCGGAGGCUGUUUGAGACUUGCCUACGAGGAGAAAUUCCAACUGGUGAUGAUAUUAUCAAACAAGAGGACAUUGUGAAGUUAAAGAGGUGUAUAUACUCAGCCCAUAGGAGUAGUCUUCCCCCAGUCUGUACUCACAAUGUAGUCAAUGACCAAGAGGAUCCAGUCCUAAACACUAUCCGCAGAUGUCAGCUCUUCAACAACAGGCAUGACAGGGUCAAGGUAAUAUUUCACCCAGAGUUCCUCAAUUCCACCAACCCUCUCCUGGGUAUGGACUACGAUGAGUUUGUCAGAGGGUGCCAUCUGGGUGUCUUCCCUUCAUACUAUGAACCCUGGGGCUAUACUCCUGCGGAGUGUACAGUGAUGGGUAUCCCCAGCAUCACCACUAACCUCUCCGGCUUUGGAUGCUUUAUGGAUGAGCAUGUGUCAGACACAAAGUCAUACGGCAUAUACAUCGUAGACAGGCGUAAGAAGAGUGCAGAGGAAUCUGUACAGCAACUGGCUCAGUAUAUGUUUGAUUUUUCCUGCCUCUCAAGACGACAAAGGAUCAUUCAGAGAAACAGGACAGAGCGCCUAAGCGAGUUGCUAGAUUGGAGAAACUUAGGUGUGUAUUAUAGAAAAGCUCGUCAGCUGGCUCUGACAAAAACCCAUCCAGAGCGCUUCUCAGAGGACAGCAGUACGGCUAAGAAGUUCCGGUACCCUCGUCCUGCAUCUGAGCCGUCGUCACCGUCUGCAUCACGCUCAGCCACCCCCCAGCCAUCAGACGAUGAGGGCGACCCGUCUGGUCACAGUGAGGAGGACGAGGAGUUUGAGAUACAGGAGAUGGAGCGUACUGGGGAGCCAUGAACAUGUGGGGAACUGUAGACAGCUGGGAACACGAGGGGUACUGUAGACUGGUGAGGAACUGAGGUCAGAGGGGUGCUGUGGAGGAACCAUACACAGGUGGAGAACUCUGCAUGUGAUGUCCAGCCACUGCAGUAUUCAUACUGAAACAAUCUUAUGUCUAUUUAUCUUUAAGGAUUUAGUAAAGCCGCUCUCUUUGUACCACUCUGAACCAAUCUUCUAAAUAACUACAUAAAGUGAGUAUAUAUAAAUCAAGCAUAAACAGUUGUACCGCUGUGAUGGUUUGUUGAAGGGUCAAAUGUGGUUACAUUGUGGAUUGUUAGAGAUAAUAUAUUUUUUUUCUCAGCAAUUGUGUCUAAAGUGAAAAUGAUUUUGUCAUACCUGACACCAUAAAAUAUUGUACACUAUCCUGACAUUUUGCCAAUUGAAAUGAUAUUAACUGAGUCUACUGUUUAUUUCUGUUUAACAUCCAGAAAUUGAUGCACAUGUAUUUACACUAAGGUUAUGCUUGAAGUGUAACGAUCUAGUUAUGUUUCACACGUCAUGUGUUUGGAAAGGUGUUAAGAAUAGAACUACAUUGUCAUUAAAUUUAGAAACUACAAGAAGUCUUGUAGAUGGAGAAAUCCCCUCAGUAAACUUACCUUUUUAAGAAGUGAGGAUACAUGUACUAGAGCUGCCCUAGUUGCUGGUGACUGAGUGGUGUGGCCUUGUUUUAUAUACGCGUUUGUCUAGUUUUUAAUUACACACAGACGCAAUCUUCCCAGUGUCAUAUUGGACCAGUAGUAAAAAAGAACAAUAUGUAGGGAAUCAGUCAAUGAAAAACCUUAAAAUAUCAGGGGUUUUUUUAUUAUUAUUUUUAUUGGAAAUAUUCACCUGUGCUUUUUUUGUGGCUUGAUGCAUAUUUUAAAUACUGGGUUUGUUUGGUUUUAUGGAUUGUGAAUUAACAAAAAAAAAGAACAACACACAUUGGAUGCUACUUUUCUUGCUUUUCUCAUAAGCUUUUAUUAAUACUAACAUUUGUGUACAUGUAACAUUAUACGGUAAUUAUACAUUGUAAGACUGCUUCAUGUUUGUUAUUAAGGUCAAGCAUAUUUCAAUGUUAUAGUACGAACACUGCACUUUUGUUACAUUACCCACCAAUAGAAGCUUUGUUGUAUACAUGUAUCUAUUUAGGAUAGCCUAUAUACAUUAUAAAAUACAUGAAUAGUAAUUGUGUACUGCUAUUGGAAAUUAAAAUGUUUUUUCAUAAAGUAAAAUCUAACCCUGCUAACAUUUCUAACAGUCAGAUCUUCUGAUCAGUCAUUAGCUGACCUGAAGCACCAAUUGCCAUAUAACCCUUUGUAGUUUGAAGUCUUUUUAUAUGUAAAUGUUUCACAUUUGUUUCAUCAACCAUGAUGUUAUUUACAGCAACACCGUGGAGACCACUUACUGCUGAUCAUUAUCACAUACUGUAUUUUUGGUCCCUCCGCAUUUACAUCUACUGCCACAAAAAGAGAUGAUAGUCCUAAAAAGAAAUAAUUUCUUCUAAUUAUUUUAUUUUGUAGAGAUCUUAUGUUUUGAAACUUGUUUUUGUUUUAUGAACUUGUGAUAAAAAUUGUUGUUUUGUUUUUCUUCAAAAUGUACAAUUUACUUCUUAUUCUUAGACUAGAAGUUCCAGUAUUACUGUCCCUCAAUCAGACAUAUGGGACACACUCCAUGCAGUGCAUGCAUCGCUCUCUACCUUUUGCUGUACAUCACUGCCACCACUGGCAAAUUUUGUACAGAAAUCUUGAACAAUGCCGAGGUUAAUGGGGUCAAGGUGAUGAGGCAGGAAGUGAUGUCAGAAUACUUUAAAACUCUGCCUCAAUCUUGAUUUCUAAUAAUGUUUCAUACACAUGCAUUCUCUUUAUCUGAAGUAUGCACAGCAUGUUUUUAACGAUCACCUGAAACAGUUUUGUCGAUGAAUUAAGUAGUUCCGUGAGGGGACACCAUUGGUCUAAGUGCAUUGCACUGACUGAUCCCAAGGUCAAGCUUGUCUAGUGGUGCCAGUGAUGCAAAACAAGGGUAGAGCGCUGUAAGGAGUAUGAAUGUGAGUGUGUAUUAUCAUGCAGACUUUUUAGUCAAGAUACCUCAGUUACAAUUUCCCCACCAUUUAUUGGUUGGUUGGUAACUAUUUCUGUUUGGUUAUUCAUUGCGUGACAAGCAGCCCAACAGUCUCAGUGUAUAAUGAAGAGCAUAUGGUGACUUUUAACAACAGCCUUCAUCUUCGAUGCAUAGUGAACAGAAUAAAUGAGGGCAAAGUCCGCUGCUGAUCAAUAUGCAAGUGUUUUAUGGUGACAUCAGUGUCUGAUCAAUAUUAAGUUAAUAUCUUUGUUCCAGUCCAAUCAGGCACUGUGAGAAAUGUUAUGAUCAGAUAUUAGCCAAAGGUGUAUGUGAACGUAACAAUGCUCAUUGCAUUUUUCAUGAUUUGAGAAUAGUACAAAAGUCCAUGCAAUCUUAAUGUGAUGUUUUUGGGUGGAACAUCGUGUCCAGUAUGUCACAUUUACAUCACAGAUACAUUGUUAGUUGUAUUAAGGGCAACUUUUUGCAAGAGAUACAGGUAUGUUUUUGUAUUUCUUCCUAGUCCUUAAAGCGUUGUUGUUGUUGUUGGCCUGUACUAUAGUCUGAAGUCAGCAGCUGUACAGUGGUUGUGAGAUAACCUCAUUCUCAGCACAGCAUAUACCGCAAUAGUAUACAAGGUGGUGUGAAAUUGUAUGUGCAAGUGGCAGUGUUGGAAUGACUGUGUUGCUAUGUAUGUAUAUUGAUUUACACCUAGCCCUGUAAAGACCUCAGUAAAUUUGAUUUAACUUUGAUAAUGUAGGGCAUAGUUGAUCAGUGAUAUCAUACAUGAUUCAAGUAAAAGUGACCUCGCUAGUAUUACAAGCUAUGAGAUUUCAUAAGUACUGUAACACUUAUUGGUGCUGAACUGGAAAUUACCACAGCCUUAAUAGUCUUCGUUUGAGUGCUUUGGUGAUGAAAUUAAAAUUUCUCUGUAAAGAGACGUAGGCCUAUACUGAUUUCUUGAUGGCAGAACCAUACUUGCAUGUAUCCUCAUUGAUUAGUAUGGAUAAUCACAGAAUAAGCCGAGCCAAAACUUGGUUAUUAAGUAUACCAUUGUAAUAAUAGAUGAAAUAUGUUUCAAGUAGUUUUUAAUGAUUUUUUUUUCGUCACAGCAGAAACUGUUAAUUUUAAAAGAUCACAGUUCACAAGUCAUUUUGUGAAACUCAUUGUUAUUGUGAAACCUAUCAUUAUUGUUAUGCAAUACAUAUUUCUGUAUCAGUAUAGCUGUUUAAGCAUGUAUAAACCUUGUCUGUGCGCCUUGGUUUUAUUUUAGAGUCGCAAGAUAUAUUGCCAAAUAAAUGUUUUAUAUAUAUACA